CAUGCGCCGAACGUGCAACGUGCUGUUUCCAAGUCUCGCACAAGACAGUACGCAAACCUGCACCAGCUCAUCCUGCAUUUACUUCAGACUUCUGUUCAUCUAGUUUAACAUCCAAGUGACUAUUGUACCGUCUUCAGUUCUUCGUUCCUAACCACAAGCCUUGACGGCUGCAAGGAGCACGUCUCCUUACUGGACCUGGUACCUACGUUCUUCAGAAACCCUGUCAAACGACAGUUUCAUUGGCAUUUCGACAUGAUGCGUGCAAGUGUUGUAUUGGCGGGAGCAUCGCUCUUGAUUUCAGCUUCAGCUUGGAAUACAGAUGUCCAUAAUCAAAUCGGCUUUAUGGCAGAGACAUUUUUCACACCAGAAACCACCACAGUCCUUUCUAAGAUCCUCGAACCACAGUAUAACGGCUCUGUUGGGCGCUCAGCAGCAUGGGCAGACGCCUAUGCACACACCCAAGAAGGUCGUUUCUCUUACCAAUGGCACUGGAUCGACACGCAUGACAGCCCGCCAGAGAAAUGUUACUUGGAAUACACUCGUGACUGCGCCAUUGGUGGAUGUGUAGUGAGCGCUAUCGCAAAUCAGACGAGCAUCCUGCGUGGAUGCAUAGACCAGGUUCAAAGGGGUCAUUUAACAGGAGGGACCAAUCUGACCUGCUCUUAUGCUUUGAAAUGGGUGGCGCAUUUCUUCGGAGAUAUCCACCAGCCUCUACAUGCGAGCGGACGCGCAGUAGGCGGUAACACUUAUAAAGUAGUUUUUGGAAACGUCUCUACCCAACUACAUGCCGUCUGGGAUGGCUAUAUACCAUACUAUGCGGCAGAUGUCAGCCAUCCCUUCUCUAACCAGUCCAUCGAUGCCUUUUUCACUGGCCUUGUUUCGCGCAUUCGGAAGGAUGAAUUCUACUCUGCACCAUACAUGUGGCUGUCAUGCGUGGAUCCUUCGACUCCAGAGAAAUGCGCAACAACCUGGGCGAAAGAGAGCAAUCAUUGGGAUUGCGAUUUUGUGUAUAAGCGUGUGCGAAACGAUACCGAUCUUGCAACAAAUGGGUACGCGAUGAGUGCUGUUCCUCUUAUCGAAUUGCAGAUUAGUAAAGCUGCACUCAGGUUGGGUACAUGGCUGAAUAAACUCGUGGAAGAAAGCAAACAUGUCUCUACAGAGUCAGAGAUGAUCGAGCUUUAGGCCUCAUCUAGGAAAGUGAUAUUUUGCUGAGAACUCGGUCCGUACCUCCAAGUCAGAAUAGUUGCAAUGUCAACAUUCCGUCCGCGCAUCCGAAACAGUCCAUGUGUUUCUAAUGAACAAGACUAGAUCUGCCACAACAAUCCUACGCCCC